UAUCGAGCGCGCGCUGACGUCCGCGUCACUAGGAGUCAAGACACAAUACGAGGAAAUCCCCAAGGCCGAGAAAACGACGAGAGGCCCCUUUAAAUCGACGCUUCCUCGGUGUGGUACCGAGAGAGAGAGGGAGAGAGAGAGAAGAGAGAAGAGAGAGAGAGAGAGAGAGAGAGAGAGAGAGAGAGAGAGAGAGAAGAGAGAGAGGGAGAGAUCUCAUCAACAACAACACUGUUCUUAUCAGAAGCCGCUUUUACCAGAUUGGGCUCUUUACUGCGGCCUCGGUGAAGAAGAGGCUACGAGGACUUUCAGUCUGUUAUCUCCAGCAUUCUGUCGUGUGUUGUUCAUACAUUCGUCGUGUGUUGAAUGCCAUUGCGGAAGUGAGAAGCUUUUCGACACGACACAAAAGCUUGGGCUGUGCGGACAUCUAGCGGCCAAUCAGGAGAAGGCGCCUUCUCGAGAUGUACGGAGCAUCAGGUAUCCCAGAGCUCAUCCAGCCCAGCGGGCCGCCGCGGCAGCCGGGUCCGGGAGGGCAGUACAACCCGGGACACCCCCAGGUUAACGGCGGCGACGGCGGCGGGGCCAAUCCCCAGAGACUCGGACAGAGGGCACCCAAGCUGGGACAGAUUGGUCGAACCAAGAAAGUGGACUUGGACGACGAAGACUUGGACGACAUCAUGAACAACAACGGGCAGUGUCCUGUAUCUGUGUCGCCCAUCUCCUAAACUUCACCAAGAAGUGCCAAAAAAAGAAAUCCCCCAGGACGCCAAAACUCCCCGUCAGUGAUCUUGGCCUUGAUCCUGUCACGUGUCCGACUGAAGCUUCUGAUGGCUCAAACCAGACACAAAAAAAACGCCUCAUUUAGCGGCAGCUGAAGCCUAGGCCCUGAUUGUACAUAGUGUUUAUUUAUCUUACCUUUGGUCAGACUGUGAAUGGAUUUUAUUGCAUCGCUCUCUACUCUGUACCUCGGUAGGCAGUAUAUUAUCAGGACUUGAGGGAAGGAAGUGUCUUUAUUUUUCAGAGCUUCUUUAACAAGGGCUACAUUUCUAAAGUUGCACUGAGCAAAUGGUUUUGGUGAAAAGCAGCUUCUCACCUGCCUGUUUUCUGGUGAGGGUUUCUAAGUCUGUGGGUUGGCUGUGUGAGGGAACACAGACCUGUUAGUGUCUAACACACAGGUGAAAUGUUAAGCUUUGGUUGUGCAAUGACUAUCGUUCUCUACUCUCACACCGAUGCAAGUGGUGUAUACUAUCCAGUGGACGAAAGCUCGCUAUUUACUGAAGGAAAAAAUACAACUACUGCUAAAUAUUUAUUGUUUAAAAAAAAUGAGAAGAAAACACUUUGUUGUGUUGUUAUGUCUUCUAAAUGUUUUUUACUCGUUUCUGAAUGGAAAAUUGCUUUAGUCAUCUAUAACUGAGAUUUAAUAUGUUUUCCAAAUGGUGCACUUUGUGGGAAUGCCUGUUAUGUGCAGUGACAUGUUGCAGAAUUCUAUGCAUGGAGUCUGUUUAAAGCAUCAAAACACGUAACUGGUAUCCUGUUAUUAAGGGCUAAUGUAGAAGUAUUUCAAAAACCGCAAGCACCGUUAUGCUCUUUAGAUCAUGCAGAGUCAAUGUUUUCCUGGAGCUCAUUGUUGGCUCGGGUCGCUGACUCAGCAGUAAAAUGUCGUAAACAACAACAGAUUCAUGGAGGGUUUUGUUAGCUUUCAAAGGGGACGGGUUUCCCAGUUGGCCAGACAACUGUGAUAAAAGACAUGUACAGUCCUAGUUCUUUUGAAUCAAUUGCCAAAUGAUAUUUGACGCUGUAUCAGAUCGAUGAUUGAAAUAGAUUGGCACACAGACAUGUGAUGAUGAACAAUACUUUACUUUGUAUUAAUAUUUACAGCAGUAAUCUGCUUAAGCUACACGCAGAUGGUGUCAGAGUGUCUUUUGGGUUCAAGUGAACUCUUUAAAGAUAAUGUCAACCUUUACUUCACAAUUACAGUAUGAGAUAAUGAAAACAAGCAGCUCUCUAUGAUUAGUUCUCACUGCUGAGACAAUCUUAACACUGAUGCUUUUUUUGGGGGUGGGGGGGGGUUAUUUGGGUUUUUUAAAGAUUGCAGUGGACCUUGAAAUGACAUGCUAUUGUCGGUAGAGGCUCAUGCUGAUGUCAUGUUACUUAGUUGGCUGUGAAAUUGUUACUCGUUCACUUUAACUUUUUUUGCGUCAUGGAAGCACCUGCAUUUCACAGCCCGUUCUCUGACUCUGAGAUUGUCUUUGGGGUUGUUUGCUACCCUUUGCAUGGAAAUGGUCGACUUUUCAUAAUGCAUCUCGGGAAAAUUAAAGAUGAAUCUUUGUGGAA